AUUAAGGCGAGAGCACUGGAAGUUAAAUUGUGCUGCAUAUAAAAAAUGGGCGGAUUGGUCUCUAGAUGAGAGCUUGGUACCACCUUCCUUUCUAAAAUAAAAUCUCUCUGGCAUGAAGUCACAGCCUAUUUCACAUCCGGUUUACCCUGGGACGUAUUACUACUGUCUUGUUUCAGAGCCCACCAUGAAGAGACUCGUGGUGCUUUGCGACUGCCUGUGGGCCUGGAGCCUCCUCCUGAACGCACUGACUGAGAGAAGCUAUGGACAAACCUCACUGCAAGAUGAAAUUAAAGACAACACCACAGUAUUUACCAGAAUAUUGGACCGUCUGCUGGAUGGCUACGAUAACCGCUUGAGACCAGGACUGGGAGAGCGUGUAACUGAAGUGAAGACUGACAUCUUCGUCACCAGUUUUGGGCCUGUUUCAGACCAUGAUAUGGAGUACACAAUAGAUGUAUUUUUCCGCCAAAGCUGGAAAGAUGAGAGAUUAAAAUUCAAAGGACCUAUGACUGUUCUCCGGUUAAAUAAUUUAAUGGCCAGCAAAAUUUGGACACCUGAUACCUUUUUCCACAAUGGAAAGAAGUCAGUGGCUCAUAACAUGACGAUGCCAAAUAAACUACUACGAAUUACAGAGGAUGGGACAUUGUUGUACACAAUGAGAUUGACUGUGAGAGCAGAAUGUCCAAUGCAUUUAGAAGACUUUCCUAUGGAUGCACAUGCUUGCCCCUUGAAAUUUGGAAGCUAUGCUUAUACCAGAGCGGAGGUCGUAUAUGAAUGGACACGAGAGCCAGCAAGAUCAGUGGUUGUUGCUGAAGAUGGCUCUCGAUUGAACCAAUAUGAUCUGCUUGGACAGACUGUGGACUCUGGAAUUGUUCAGUCCAGCACAGGGGAAUACGUUGUUAUGACUACGCAUUUUCAUUUGAAGAGAAAGAUCGGUUACUUUGUCAUUCAGACUUACCUGCCAUGCAUCAUGACAGUGAUUCUGUCACAGGUUUCCUUCUGGCUCAAUAGGGAAUCUGUUCCAGCAAGAACUGUGUUUGGAGUGACCACGGUCCUGACGAUGACCACGCUGAGCAUCAGCGCACGCAACUCCCUGCCCAAGGUGGCUUACGCCACGGCCAUGGACUGGUUCAUCGCGGUGUGCUACGCCUUCGUCUUCUCCGCCCUCAUCGAGUUCGCCAGCAGCUUUGUCCGGCACAGCAGGACAAAGGGUCCAGGCCAAGCCCCUCCCAUCAUUCCCAAUUUUUGUAAACUAGAAAUCCCACCUGUUUUCCUCCUUAGCCAGGAGCACCCGCUUAAUUUUAGGCCGGGGUUGCACAACCCCGAUUCCUCCGUCGUGGAAGGCCUCGGAGAGCCUCUUGCCGCAGCGCCCAUGGGGACUGCUGAGACAAAACUGCAUUUCCGUGGAAUUAGCGUGUCAGCUGCCUCUGCGAGGAAGCUCAUUUCGCUACUUUUUAAGAGUCCUCCAAAGAUAAUUUUUAGUUGUCUAAUUGCUUUUUAUGAACACGCACAGGCUAGACCUUCAGCAGAACAAAUAUUUGGAGGAGGAGAUGUUCCUCAUUGGUUUUUUGCUUUAACAGUAUAUGCAGACGGACACCAAAAUCAUGCAGCUCUAUAA